ACACGUACAAAGGAGAUUGAAGGGCUCUGUUGAUCUGCGUGUUGAUAGACAGCAUCGACAUGUGACAGUAUAGGUCUUGGUUGCGUUUGUUGGAGGAUUUAUAACCUACUUGUUUUUGCCACUUGUCGAUUUCAGUCCGAAUGAAAUUGACACAUGCGUCAUUGUUGUGGAGUGAAGUAGAUGGACUAGACGUGGUGUGAACUUCUUUUCGAGCUAUGAAAGUGACACUACCACUUAUUUCUAUAGUCUCCUCUGUGCUGAUGGCGACCGCAGCCGCCCAGACUGUGACCGCAGGAGACAAAUGUGGAAAUGACAGCGACACCUUCCCGGGGAUCAACUGUGCCGUCUACUACCUCUGUGAAAGUGUGUGGGUAACCCGGAUGUGUGUGUAUCCUGACCUGUUCUCCACAUCUACUCACACAUGUGACAGUUUCAGCAACGUUGAUUGCGGCGGCCGAGAGGUGUCUUUGUCUCCAUGUGGUUAUUCCCGUGGGUGCAGCAACAACGGGACCGGCACGUGUAUCUGCCCCACCCACGUGGGUCACAUGGACGUGGACUGGGGGUUCUGCUGGGGUCACGAGGACGGCAACUACGUCUACAAACAACGCCCCUGGUCCCCCAACUUCAUACAGUGUUGGCAUAACAGGACUAUCCCCAGAAGCUGUGAUGGAAAGGGCAGUGUGUUUGAUUUUAUUGACAAAACGUGCUCUUCUGUAGACGUUGUGAUAAAAAGACAUUUCGGUUCGACCGAUGUACCAGAUGUUCUACGUCACCACCUGGUGACGUCAUCGGCAACAACGACGACAACUACAGUCUCACCCAACAUUCACAACGGGUCCUGUCGCACAUCCGACCCCCUGGUUCCUGGCAAAAACUGCGCCGUCUUCUACAAGUGUGAUCCCACCACGCGGACCUGGCAGAAACAAACCUGUGUCUAUCCGGAAUUAUUUUCAAUGCUAUCCCUUGGUUGUGAAGCCUUCAGCAAGGUGGACUGCGGUGGAAGAGAGAUUUUCUACUCACCAUGCGACUACAUGGACGACUGUAGCACCAACCAGACUGGCACGUGUCUGUGUCCAGACAACGCGAUGUACCAUGACGUGGACUGGAGCUUCUGUCGCGGCAAGACGGAUGGCAACUACAUCUACAGCGAGAGGCCCUUGUCGCCGUUCUAUGUCACGUGUGACCGAAAUAGAACGUUACCAACACGAUGCAGGCAACGAGGAACGGUAAUAUUUGACAAUAACCAACACAGAUGUUCUCUUGUAUACGAGGUGAUUGCGAAAUAUUUUGUCCACAAGUCUCUGAGUACUAUACCUGAUUAUAUCAGGCAGUUCUUCACCACUUCUGGAGUUCCUGCUUCGUGGGUGACGCCUCAAGUGACGGCGUCAACUGUUAAUACACACGUAGCACACAGUGGAAUACCUACAGCGGGCCAAGGUUCAGAACAUAGCAAAGCACCAACGUUGAUACCUGGUACAGCCAGUCCAGACACAGGACAAAGUGGAAUGCCCACAGCAAGUCCAGGAGUAGGACAGAGUGGAACGCCUACAGAAAGUCCAGAAACAGGACAAACUGGAAUGCCUACAGCAAGUCCAGGAGUAAGUCAGGGCGGAAUGCCUACAACAAGUCCAGGAGUAGGACACAUAGGAAUGCCUACAGCAAGUCCAGGUGUAGGACAGAGCGAAAUGCCCACAGCAAGUCCAGGAGUAGGACAAAGUGGAAUGCCUACAGCAAGUCCAGGAGUAGGACAAAGUGGAAUGCCUACAGCAAGUCCAGGAGUAGGACAAAGUGGAAUGCCUACAACAAGUCCAGGAGUAGGACAGAGUGGAACGCCGACAGCAACUCCAGGGGAAGGACAAAGUAAAAUGCCUACAGCAAGUCCAGGAGUAGGACAUAGUGGAGUGCCUACAGCAGGUCUAGGAGUAGGACAAAGUGGAAUGCCUACAACAAGUCCAGGAGUGGGACAGAGUGGAACGCCCACAGCAAGUCAAGGAGUAGGACAAAGUGGAAUGCCUACAUCAAGUCCAGGAGUAGAACAGAGCGGAAUGCCUACAUCAAGUCCAGGAGUAGGACAAAGUGGAAUGUCUACAGCAAGUCCAGGAGUAGGUCAGGGCGGAAUGCCCACAUCAAGUCCAAGAGUAGGACAGAGUGGAACGCCUACAGCAAGUCCAGGAGUAGGUCAGGGCGGAAUGCCUGCAGCAAGUCCAGGAGUAGGUCAGGGCGGAAUGCCUACAGCAAGUCCAGGAGUAGGUCAGGGCGGAAUGCCUGCAGCAAGUCCAGGAGUAGGACAGAGCGGAAUGCCUACAGCAAGUCCAGGAGUAGGACAAAGCGGAACGCCUACAGCAAGUCCAGGAGUAGGACAGAGUGGAACGCCCACAGCAACUCCAGGGGAACGACAAAGUAAAAUGCCUACAGCAAGUCCAGGAGUAGGACAUAGUGGAGUGCCUACAGCAGGCUUAGGAGUAGGACAAAGUGGAAUGCCUACAACAAGUCCAGGAGUGGGACAGAGUGGAACGCCCACAGCAAGUCAAGGAGUAGGACAAAGUGGAAUGCCUACAUCAAGUCCAGGAGUAGAACAAAGUGGAAUGCCCACAUCAAGUCCAGGAGUAGGACAAAGCGGAAUGCCUACAACAAGUCUAGAAACAGGACAAAGUGGAAUGCCUUCAGCAAAUCCAGAAACUGGCCAGAGCGGAAUGCUUACACCAAGUCCAGAAACAGGACAGAGUGAAAUACCCACAGCCGGCCAAGGUUCAGAACAUAGCAAAGCACCAACGUCGAUACCUGGUACAGCCAGGCCAGACACAGGACAGAGUGGAAAUCCCACAGCAAGUCCAGGUGCAGGGCAUAGCGGAAUGUCUACAUCAAAUCCAACAAAAAGUCAAAGCAAAAUGUCUACAGCAGGUCCAGGAACAGGACAGAGCGGAAUGCCUACAUCAAAUCCAACAGAAAGUCAAAGCAAAAUGUCUACAGCAGGUCCAGGAACAGGACAGAGCGGAAUGCCUACAUCAAAUCCAACAAAAAGUCAAAGCGAAAUGUCUACAGCAGGUCCAGGUACAGGACAGCGUGGAUUGCCUACAGCAAGUCCAGGAAGAGCAGAGAUUGAUCAUGCAACAGCAUACAGCCAUCCACAGAUACCAGGUUUUGGAACAGCUAAAAUUGUCCAUGAAACACCAAGUGUGGAGAUUGGACAAAUCACUUCAAUAAUGACAAGUGGAACAGUGGAUCAUACUUUAUUUCCAACAAUUGUGUCAGUGGGACAGGGGUCAUCAAAUAAAGGCGGGCAGUCUACUACAUUAGUGAACCUCCAGGGCUACUCACAUACAGCAUCUGCAGUGAUGAGAACAAAUUCUGAUGCAAAAAUGUCAAAUUCGGAAAUAGAACACACCGAAAGUGUACAAAAUAAACCAACUGCAGGAGUUGUUCCUUCGCAAUCAUACUUCCGUGGUGUGAUGUCAAGUGAUCAUGUUGUCCAUGAAACGUUCCUUAUGUCGACGGAAGAAACUACAACUGUUAUACCUCAGAUAAUCAACAGUGAGGAGCUAACAUUGAGUUCGUCACUGGGUGACAUUGUCAAUAACCUAUCUGAAUAUAAAACAACCCACCUGCAUGAUAUGUCUCGUGAUUCUAUCAGAACUUCCUCCAUGGACGUCACCGAAACACUGCUUGCUCCCAGUUCAUUAUUUACUUCCACUGUGCCAUUUUCUAUAUCUGGUACAGAACGUUCAGGUUCUACACCAUCAUUGCCAAGUGAUGGUGAUACUCAAUCUCAUUCUUUGAGAACAAAUUUAAAAACGUCAGCGCUGAAUGAAAAAAUUGUAAGGAACAGUCGGUCGUUCACGUCACAAACAUUAGUGCCAGAUAGACAUACACGAACUAUCGAAACGUUCCUUGCAACACACAUGCCUCCGAUGUCGGUGUCAGACUCUGUCAAAUCAGCACCGUUACCCACGUCUGGACUGUUUGUUGAACACAGUGAGCAUCGUGUUGUCGCAGCUGGGUCAACAUCACCUCCAACACAGGCUGUCACAAACGUUGAUGUCACCAAGGGGGUUAAUGAAGUAGCUGGGUCGACACGACAACACGCUGUGUCUGUUGUGGACAUUAACCCUUCAACUGUAGGGAGUUCUAUACCCUCUCUUACAAAGAUCAUCCUGGAUAUACAGCCGUCCCCACUUUCUCAGAUAACCCAGAGUGUAGCCGCUACACCAUCAUAUUUGAAAGAUCUUCAUUUGACAAGCUUGUCGUAUGCAUCUCCAACACAUAACCACCAGUCCUCCAUAACAAGAGCAGUAGAAAAUGUGUUUGUUCUCACCUAUCCAGACACAGUGUUGACUAGUGUUCCUGUCCACUCAAAACCAGUUUUGGCUAGUGUUCCUGUCCAUUCAGAAACAGUGUUGGCUAGUGUUCCUGUCCAUUCAGAAACAGUGCUGGGAAGUGUUCCUGUCCAUUCAGAAACAGUGCUGGGAAGUGUUCCUGCCCAUUCAGAAACAGUGUUGGGAAGUAUUCCUGUCCAUUCAGAAACAGUGGUGGGAAGUGUUCCUGUCCAUCCAGAAACAGUGUUGGCUAGUGUCCCUAUCCAUUCAGAAACAGUGUUGGGAAGUGUCCCUGUCCAUUUCGAAACAGUGGUGGGAAGUGUUCCUGUCCAUCCAGAAACAGUGUUGGCUAGUGUCCCUAUCCAUUCAGAAACAGUGUUGGGAAGUGUCCCUGUCCAUUCAGAAACAGUGUUGGCUAGUGUCCCUAUCCAUUCAGAAACAGUGUUGGGAAGUGUCCCUGUCCAUUCAGAAACAGUGUUGGUUGGUGUCCCUGUUCAAUCAGAAACAGUGUUGGGAAGUGUUCCUGUCCAUUCAGAAACAGUGUUGGGAAGUGUUCCUGUCCAUUCAGAAACAGUGCUGGAAAGUGUCCCUGUCCAUUCAGAAACAGUGUUGGUUGGUGUCCCUGUUCAAUCAGAAACAGUGUUGGGAAGUGUUCCUGCCCAUUCAGAAACAGUGUUGGGUAGUGUUCCUGUCCAUUCAGAAACAGUGUUGGUUGGUGUCCUUGUUCAAUCAGAAACAGUGUUGGGAAGUGUCCCUGUCCAUUCAGAAACAGUGUUGGGAAGUGUUCCUAUCCAUUCAGAAACAGUACUGGGAAGUGUCCCUGUCCAUUCAGAAACAGUGUUGGGGUCAGGAACCAACAAACCAACAGCUCACCCUAAAACAGACCUCAUCCAUAUUCAGCCAACAUCCAUCUCAGGACAAUACGCUUCCAGUAUCACUAUACGCUAUUCCUCCACAACCCCUCACGACAAAGGCGAUAACUCUCGCCCGACAUCAAACAACAGCGUUGGAAGAGAUGAUGACACUAUUCUACUAGUACUAGCUGUUGUUGGUGGGUGUGUAGUGCUGAUGGUGGCCCUAGUCUCGAUCACAGUCAAAUCACAAGGCGGUUGUGGGAGCAGACAGUCUCUGACACUCACUGAGUUUGUGGAGCCUAAUGUCAGGCAAAGCUGGCAGGGCAAGGAAAGUGACCUUCUGUAUUGA